AUCGGCGCGCCAGCGCUGAACUUGCCGGAUGGAGGAACAGCCGGCGUCCUUCGGCGCGUCGCGGCGUCGGCAGUCGUGAUUCGACCAGCGUCCGUAGCGGCAGGUAGACUAUCCGCUCCUCGAGAGUGUGAACGAACUCUCCCCCAGCCCGAGGAAAACAAACACGAUGAAGAUACAAGCGAAAUUCUCCCCCAGUGAGACUACCACGUGAUCGCGCGCAUGCAUGAGAAGUCCGAAUAAAAAGAAGUUUCGUCGAUGCAAAAAUUAAACGGUAAAAGUGAUAUUUAAUAAAAACUUCGCUAUGGCGUUUCUGUUUUUGUUUUCGAACGAGUUACGUGAAGCACCUCGCGAUCUUGAAUAAUGAAAUAAGUGAUCGCUUCGAUAAUGAAAUAAGUGGUAACGCGAGUUAUCGGUCGAAAAACAAACUUUCGAAAGACGCGAGGUCCAGGAAAUCUAAUUUUGACAUAUAAGAGGAAUCUAUAUGUGAUUUCCUUCAGCAACCCUCUUUUCGGUAGAUUGAUUCAGGAGUUGAAUCAAACAGGGAUCAAGUUUCUCUCACUCUUGUUAUUUGUGAGAGGCCAAUGUAUCCUGCGGUCAAAAUAAGGAGAAAAUAGAGGAAAACUUAAGAACUUUUAUCACUAAAGAAGAAGAAGAAGAAGAAGUGCUAGAACCUAACGGCGCAUGAAAACAAUGAAAAUUCCAUUUAUCUACUUCGUAUGAGACCAACUAGCCGUCGACGAAAAAGACGAAAAAAGUUCGCAUCAAUUUCGUCGCAAACUGUCGGGAAAGAACUCGGGGUCCGAAAAUGUCAAAGAACGGAGGUAUUUUCGUGCGCGUCGUAUAAUCGGGAUCAUGAUGGCCCCCACUGUAUCAUCGAACUUCUCAAACGGCACCUACACAAAGGCCAGCUACAAUGAUGGCCUGGCGUUAUCGGAGCAAUACUUAUUUAACGACACGUCUGAUUUCUCCGUCAUGCCAUUCGGUCCAUAUCGGGAUUCCCUAUAUGUGGUGAUACCAGUGACCAUAAUCUACGCGCUUAUCUUUCUCACGGGCAUCGUCGGCAACGUUAGCACGUGCAUCGUGAUCGCGCGCAACAAGUCCAUGCACACUGCAACCAACUAUUAUCUCUUCAGUCUGGCCAUGUCCGACCUGUUGCUACUCGUGUCGGGUCUGCCGGCGGAGAUGUACAUGGUCUGGUGCAAAUACCCGUACAUCUUCGGCGAAGAUUUCUGCGUGCUACGCGGCCUCGCCUCGGAGACAUCGGUGAACGCGUCCGUGCUCACCAUCGCCGCCUUCACCGUCGAGAGAUACGUGGCGAUCUGUCAUCCGUUUCUCUCGCAGACUCUGUCAAAUCUGUCACGCGUGAUCAAGCUGAUCUUCGUGAUAUGGCUGAUGGCCGUGGCGUGCGCGCUACCGCAGGCGUUGCAAUUCGGCGUGGUCCAGCACAGCAACCACCCCGACAUGGUCAUGUGCACGGUCAAGAGGAUCAUCAUCGAUCACUCAUUCGAACUAUCCACAUUCCUGUUUUUUGUGUUGCCGAUGUGCCUCAUCACGUUUCUCUACGCGCUGAUCGGCCUCAAGCUCAGGAAGUCAAACAUGACUGUCCCGGGCAGAACCGAGUCGAUGAAAAACUGCAGACAUUCUGGCAGAUCGUCCAGGAGGGUGUUGAAGAUGCUAUUCGCGGUAGUGAUAGCAUUCUUCAUUUGUUGGGCCCCGUUUCAUGUACAACGAUUAAUCGCCAUAUAUGGGACUAAUACGGAGGAUCAUAUCACAUCGAACGGCCCGUGGAUGGAGUUCCUCAACCUCUUAAUGACCUAUAUAUCGGGCGUUUUCUAUUAUGUAUCCACGACGAUCAACCCGAUCCUUUACAACAUUAUGUCGAACAAAUUCCGCAAAGCGUUUAUGGAGACGCUAUCGAAAAGUUGCAGACUUGCUGGAUUGCCAGCACGUCACGAGCAACGUUCAUAUUCAAGCCUGUCGCGAUCUCAACAAAGAACCAUUGGUGCUUAUGGUUCCAGGACAGCGGGAACCGGUGGAGCAUCGAGAGGAGGAUCUGGAAGAGCAUCCGGUGGAGGAUCUGAAGGAGGAUCCGGUGAAGGAUCUGGUAUAAUAGCGGACAGCAUGGAAGGUUCAGGAAAUUCUGUGGAAGACAGUCAAAAGCAAUCGAUGAAUAAUCCAGAAAAAUUGCCGGAGUCUACCAGAAUGAAUUCAGUGCGGAAGGAACAUGCUAAAGAGACGAGGAACAAUAACAAUUUGCGGCCGCUCUAUAAUGAGCAUCACAAGUCGCAGGAAAGCAAACGUAGCAAGAAUCGAUCGAUUCGCAAGAACCAGGACGCAUCGUGGACGAAGAGAACAAUAUACAAGAGCGUACACGUGUCCAAUAUAGGAGGUUCAGGAAAAAAAUGGUCGAGAUUUCUAAAGUGGCUGCCUGGCUUUAAAGUUUUCAAAUUUUCUCGUGGAUCAACCGUGCCCGAGGAUUGCGUAUUCGACGAAACCGGGAAUCCUCGCGAGGAACUGCCAAUGACAAUGUGGAAUAUCCGCGAUAACAACGAACAACGACCUGUCUGAAUGUUUUUGUAAGAUUCAAAAUCUUUGAGAAGACUGAUAUUUUUGAUCUGCAUUUUCCGUGGAUGAUGCAACAUCAUUAACAAUCGUUACUUGAUGAAAGAUAAUGUGACAUAGUACGAUAGUACGACCAAAAUUAUGACUUGAAAGUUCUCCCAAGAUUGUGAUUUUGAGAACUUUCUUUACUAAUGUAAAAGACUGAAACAAGAAUAAUGUUUGUAGCUCCGAUUCUCAUGAUUAAUUUAAAAAAGUUUUAAUGAGGAUUCAAUGAGCGUAGAGGAUAAGAAAAUUUUCAGAAGAAAAGCCAUAAAAUUUGACACGGUGAUAUACCAUCCACAUUUGCCACGAGAGUUUUAUCGCUCAAUGUUGGCGUCCGACGUACUGCAUCUACAAAUAAAUUUAGAGCAUCAAAAUGAUAAAAAUGUCAAAAAUAUUGCGGUCUUAUAUCGUAGUGACAUGGUAAUAAAUCAAAUUGCACACUACGAUCUCUCCAACUCAGAAAUCUUUCCGGAAUGCGCUCUUGUCAAGUAUGCAUUCAUUGAUCACCAAACAUUUUCUUUUAUAUUACUUCAAUCUAUUAGAGCACGAAUGAUAUAUAUGUACAUACUAUAGGAUGAUAUAAACAUAUUAUAUAUCAUCCUGUUUUUUUAUUUUGUUUUUGAAUUCUCGUAUUUUCGAUAUCAGAGUGUUUUUAAUGGAUAACUGAAAUAUUGAACAUAAAAAUAUUUAAUUUAAACAAAAAGCUCUAUAAA